AGACAAAUGAGUGCUGGAGAAAAGUGAUGCACGGCCCACUUGAGCUCUCUCUCGAGGAACCUAACCCCACCCAAUCUUUACCAACCUGUUUUCCAACACAUCCAUCAUAGACUAUUGACGCGAUGCCUCCCAAACGCAAAGACCUUCCGAAGGCCAAUCCAAAAACCAGAGCCAAGCUGCAGGAGCCCCAAUCCGAGAGCGACUUUCUUGAGGCUGCCGACGACUUCGAACAAGCUGCUGGGAAAUGGCGGGCUGGGGACGCUGCGAAGGCCCUGAGAUUCUACAACCGUGCCAUUGACACCUACAAUACCGGCUUGCAGCGGUAUCCGACCUCAUUCGAUCUUGCAUAUAACAAGGCGAAUCUUGAAUAUAACAUGAUACAAGAUGAGAAGAUUGUACCAAUACUGGGCAGUAGGAUAGACCUACUUCAGGAAACACUCCGGUCCCAUCGGUUUGCAAUGGGAUUGAACCCGGAGAUUGUCGAGAUUGUCUUCAACACGGGCCAGGUCUUGACAUCAUUGGCAGAAGCCCUGCUUGAUACUUGGGAUCCCGAGGCGAGAGCCACGGCAAGACAGUUUCUUGAGGAAGCAGUUGCACUCUUUACCAAAUCUCUGCUCAAACAGCAAGAGGAGUACGAACAGAUGCAGACUGGCAUUGCCAAUGCGCAAGCAUCUCAGGAAGAAUCCGCUCGGCUGGUGCCAUCUGGAGAUGUGCGAGAAACUGGCGCGAAUUAUAGGGAACCAUCCUCCAUAUCUUCAUCCGUGUCUGAAGCGCCCGAAGAAUGGGCAACAGUAGUGGAACCUGUCACCCCAGAUACCAUAUUGGAUACCUGUACUGCCCAACUUGGAGCUUACACCACUCUGCUUGAUUUAUACAGUACCUCGGACUAUAGCAGCAUCGAGUUGCAAGCCUCGCACAUUUUGAACACAGCACAGAACACGAUACCCGCCUACAUCGACCGCACAGGCACCUCUGCAAUCUCAACCCAGCAUGAAGAGCCUGCCCCUGGCCCUGUCCUCUCAAUCGGCUCUCCACCAAGUAUGGAAGAACAUACAUCGCCUAAAGAAGAUGCACUCCUGGCCAGAGCCAAUUUCUAUGCCGCAUUGGUCGAGGUCAAGUAUCGGAAUGAUCAGUGCACAACUCCAGAGUACGCAAGUGAGACGGAAAACAUCUACGCCCCUCUGCUUCCUACCGAAGAUACAGGGAAGCUAUCUUUGAGUCAAAUGAAUGCUCUAUCCGCCUACGCUGACGCCCUCUUCAACAUAGCAUCAGCCAUAUCAGACAGUCCACGCUACACUUCCUCAUCGCAGAGCUUCUCCCAGGACCUCGACAUCCAAUGGACAACACUCACACAAGCCCAGACCAUACUCACCAAACUGUCCACAGGCCCGCAUGCCAGCGUAUUGCCAUUUUCCCAACUCUCCCGAAUUUUCCUAGCACGCGGCGACACGGACCUUUUCCGCUUCCGCCUUUCCCUUCUCGAAUCUGCGAAACCAGCAUGGGUGAAGAGCAAGAAUGUCCUCGUUUCCAAUGCAGGCGUCUUCUACCGCGGAGCAAGGACCUAUGCUGAGAAGGCAGGCGUGGUAGACGUGCACAAGACGGCAGAUGCGAAGGCAAUUGUGGCGGAGGUUUUGAAAGAAGCCGUGACUGGGUCUGGGAAGAAGGAUGAGCGGUGGAAGGUGAGAGCGGAGGAUGUGACAAGGGUGUUGCAGCAGAUGGUUGAGGAAGGUGUCAUUGACAAGGAGAAUGCGGAAGGCGUGGUUGGGUAUCUCUGAGGGGUACAGACCACAAGGUAGGAGUGGGUUUCCAUUGCUCCAGCGGAGGUCGAAUGCGACAUUCUAUGAUGGAGUUAGGCCAAUCAUUUGAAAUGUGAGGUUUAAUCUGUUUCUUUCUGGGGUUCUUGCAAUCGUUUAAAAUGAUAAGAGGCUGCAUGUGACCAGGAAGGGCCAUAAAAGAGUGAAAGCUCAACCUCGACUUUCACUCACUCGGGAUUGUUGCCGAACAGCA